AUGCAAUCACCUUUUAGAUUGUAUUCAGCAUAAAAAACCUUUACUUGUAGAAAUAUGGAUACUAAAACCUCUUUUUUCAUUUCCAAAAGUAUGUUCAUUACUUAAUAUAAGAAACCAAAUAAUCAAAAAAAUAACAAGAAAUUGAUAAUCUAAAUGAAUAAUUAUUAUAAGUAAAGCAAUCCAAUAAUCAACUAUUAGAAGAGAAUAAAUAAUUAAAAUAGCAAAUAUUGCAUAUAGAAGUUUUAAUAUAUUCUUAUAUAGAAAUAAUUAAAUAAAUAAGAAAAGUUACUCAUUUUGAAUAAACAAAAUAAAGCUGAAUCUAAAUAGAAUGAAUUAGAUUAAUAAAUAAGAAUGAAAACAGAAGAAGUAUAAUAAGUUCUUAAUCAAGACAUGUUCCAUAAUUGCAUAUUAAAAAUAAAUCAAAGAUUAUAAAGCAAGAGAAAUGUAUAAUUAAUAGUAGAUUGAAGAAUUAAAAAGAGAUACAAGAAGAACAAAACUUUAAGAAUGUUAGGUUAAAUAUUAUAUCUAUUCUUUAAGAUAGAAUGUAAAAUUAUUAAAGAAGAAUAUGAUAAAAUUAAAUUUAAAUAUUAAGCAUUAAUUCAUUAGAUGUAUAUUUAUUUAUAUUUACAUUUAUUUAGAUAAUUUAAUCAAAAAGAUUAAUUAUUGAAAGAUAAUAUUAAAAUUAGUUAAGAAUUACUUAUUUCUUAAUAAAAGAUUUUGGAAUUAGAAUUACACAAUAAGAAAAUUUAACAAGAAUUACAUCAUUCUGAUUUUAAAAGAAUUUAAACAGAAAAGUUAGUUUUUGAAAAGGAAAGAGAGUUACAAUUAAUAUAAUUUGAAUAUAGCAAUCCAAAAAAAACAAUCAAUGAUUUAAAUAAAUAAUGGUAAAUCAGAUUAGAAAACUAAAAAUUAAUCUAUUAAUAAUUAGAAGAAGAAAUGAGAUUACGAAAUGAUAAAAUCAAUCUUUUAGAAAAAACAUUAAAGGAAGACAAAACUGCUUAUUAACUUAAAGAGGCUUAUUAUAAGAGAGAAAUUGAUAGUUUGAAUAUACAAAUAGGAUAAUUAAAAGAAACUAUAUAACAUAUUGAAAUAUAGUAAAUGGUUGAAUAAAGUUCUGAUGAAUAAGAGUCUUAAUCUGAAAAAUCAGUAAAGUAAACUUCAUAACCUUAAUCAAAAUAAAAAACUAUAGUAUUAAAUAAAAAAAGGGUUUAAAAGGUUAGUUUAACUGAAGUAGAAACAAUAGGGAAAGAAAUAGCAUUGAAAUUCUAACUAGCUUAAAUACCAUUUUCAAGAUUAGACUCUUAUUUAUAUUCUAAAUCCUCUAAAGGUAUAAUUAAUCUAAGUGAAAUCGAUGAAAUACUUAAACAAUUUCCAUUUGAUUUAUCUGAUGAUUAAUCUUUAUUGGUUGCAAGAUUUCUUGCUGAACCAGAACAAGAAGAAUGGAUCUAUUAUGAUAGUAAUUAAACAAAUGAUGUUGUAAUUGUUAUUAGUAUCUUUCGUAAUCUGAUUAAACCUUUUGAAUUACUCAACCCUUAAUGUUAUGAUACAAUACAUCAAGAAUUAAAAUAGAUUUUCAAACUUAAUAAGAAUAAAUUAAUUGAUUAUCUUAUGUUAAAUGGUGAUACUUGUGAUCUAAAUUACUUUAAGAAGGCAUUUGAAUAUUGUGAUAUAUCAUUAACAUUAGAGUAAAUUUGUAUUUAAUUUUUAGAUAAGAAACUUAUAUUUCUAUAAGAAUGUAUGAAAAAUAUAGGAGAAUUAUUAAUUUAAAAUAUUAAGAAAUAAUUGAUUACUUCAAAUGA